AGAACAUCCAUAAUUAUAAGGCGUCAUUUCAAAAUACGCAUUAUCUGAGGAGGGACUCGUUGUGGCUGAUACACGGAGAAGGCUAACUAACUGUUGCUGGCUCCCUGAAAUGGCUACGAAUUUAACUGCUACCGACUUAACAGUUCUUAGCGAGUACAUUGAUAAGACUCCAACUGCUGUCAAUAUUGUUGUCCCAAUCAUUUCAGUGUUACUAUUUGCUGCCUCGAUCAUUAUAACCUACUUCAUUGAUGAUCCUGGUAUUAAAACAUUGAAAAACUAUUUACCGGAAGACAAUCUAAAACCGAUAUCUGACUCUGAUAGAAACCAUCUAAGAUAUUUGGCAGAACGUAAACUGUACGUUGAUAUAAAGGGUCAUACAUUUUCCGCAUUCACACCAUCACAAACAACAGCGGAGGUCGAUACUCAAACUGCACAAGACCACUCGACUGCCGUAGACAGCGGACGCCGCCGAGCAUGCUCUGAAUCUCAUACUCCCAAUUUACAUCAAAAAAACUCCGAAACACAAAUUAUCUUGCAACACAUUCUGAUGCGUCCUGGACAUCCUCACAGUAAUGCUGACAGCUUGUUUUCUGGGAAUCCUGGUCGUUCCAGGUCUGGCUUUAGCAAUCCAUUCUCUUCAUUAAAAAAGCCUAGAUCCACGAGAACUGGGGUGCAGGAAUGCUGAAUCAUACAGCAGUAGUUCAAAAUUGAGUGUAGAAUAUAAGUUCGUCUCUUUGACUGUACAUCUUCUUGGAAGUAAAGAUUGAAAUUCUAAAAAUAAAUAUCUCGGUGUGCCUGUUACAGAAGUUCUGGUCUUAAUUCCUAGUUUCAUCGAUAGUAAAUGGUUUAUUUCAUUAACCAACUUAAUAAUCGUUCUGAAUAGUUCUAUAUCAUAUUUUUUGGUUCUAUUUUGUGUUCAUAAAUAUAUUUUAGAUUUUGUA